CAAAAGCUGACAUCAUCAGCCACUCAUUCGGGCUCCUCGGCGACUGCAGGUUAGGUUACCCCUCAGCACAGCACACAGCAACCACACACUGCCCGCAUUGCAGUGAUUGAUUCCACACACCUUCAUCCUCUCCACGAGACCCAGGUAUCACAGCCUCCACUGUCGACCGCCGUCAGCUUCCCCCCCAGAAAAUGGCUCCCCUGUACAAAAAAGCCCUUGUCUUGGGCGCAUCUUCAGGCAUCGGAGCAGCCCUCGCAGCAAAGCUCAUCGAGACCGGCACAAAGGUCAUAGUCGUCGGCCGACGCAAAGACCGACUUGACGCUUUUGUGGAGGCGCACGGCUCGGAUAAUGCGAGCGCCGUGGCUUUCGACGUGACAAAUCUCACCGGCGUCAGGGCCUUUGCUGACGAGGUCAUCCGCUCCAACCCCGACCUCGACUGUGUGGUUGUCAACUCUGGUAUUCAGCGAGGCUUUGACUUUUCGAAGCCCGAGACUGUUGAUCUGGAUGUACUUGGCGACGAAGUCACGACAAACUACACUUCUGCUGUUUACUUGACGGCCGCCUUUAUUCCUCACCUCAAGAAGCAGACGCAGGGACACCUCGUAUAUGUCAGCGCCACCCUCGGGUUGAUCCCAUCCAUGAUCCGGACCCCGAACUACAAUGCCUCCAAGUCUGCACUUCACACAUUUAUCCUCAAUGUGCGGCAGCAGCUCCGCGAGGGAGGGUGCUCCAACGUGCGCAUGGUAGAGGUUUUCCCGCCUGCCGUGCAGACCGAGUUGCAUGAUGAGAACCACCAGCCGGAUCUCGUCAAUGGCGGGGAGAUCGGCAUGCCGCUGGCAGAGUAUACUGAUAAGAUGUACGACGGUUUGGUCAAGGGUGAUGAUCAGUUUGCUAUUGGGCCGGGUGAGAAUCUUCUCAAGGAGGGUGGAUGGGAACAUCAGCGAACGCAGCUGUAUGAGGCUGGCCAGCAAGUUCUGAAGGGUUCGCUGGCCAAGUAUCUGAAAAAGUAACAAGCAUAAUGUCCGUACCGGCAGGGGAAUGGCCCGGACCUAGGCUGCAUAAGCAGUGACAACUAGGGUAGUGAGCUGCAAUGCCAAGGCACUUGAGACCAAUGAUAAGACUCUGGAACAUGGCAA